UGUGACUAGGAGCUGCUCUGCAGAGAGAAAUUAUUCAGGGUUCCCAUCGAACACGGUUUGUCAAGAAGUUUUGACACCUGAUGCAACUGUCUAGACCUCCUGUUCAGUCUGCUGGAAAGACCUUGCCAAGCACCUCUCCUGUGAUGGAGCCACCAAGCUCGUCCAGGCUGAAUUCCCGGAAGAGAAGAAAAGAUGGGUCAGGACCCAAUGGGGCAACAGAGCUGGAUGGAAUCCCUCCAAAAAUGUCCCGUCACUCGUUUGGCUUGAGGGAGCCAGCUCCGUUUUCAGAUGAAAUUGAAGUGGACUACAGUAAGCCGUACGUCAGACUAACGUUGGAAGAGGCGACCCGGGGCACCCCCUUGGAUCGACCAGUCAGGGUUUACGCUGAUGGGAUAUUUGACUUAUUUCACUCUGGACAUGCCCGGGCCUUGAUGCAGGCAAAGAACCUCUUCCCGAACACGUAUCUCAUUGUGGGAGUCUGCAGCGAUGAGCUGACCCAUAACCUCAAAGGCUUCACGGUGAUGAACGAAAGCGAGCGUUACGAUGCGGUGCAGCACUGUCGCUACGUGGAUGAAGUGGUGAGAAACGCACCGUGGACCCUCACCCCGGAGUUCCUGGCAGAGCACCAGAUCGAUUUUGUUGCCCAUGAUGACAUCCCAUAUUCUUCUGCUGGGAGUGACGAUGUUUAUAAACACAUAAAAGAAGCAGGCAUGUUUGCACCAACUCAGAGGACCGAAGGGAUCUCCACAUCCGAUAUCAUCACCCGGAUUGUACGAGACUAUGAUGUCUAUGCCCGACGGAACCUGCAGAGGGGAUACACUGCCAAGGAGCUGAACGUCAGCUUCAUAAACGAGAAGAAAUAUCACCUGCAGGAACGUGUGGACAAGGUGAAAAAGAGGGUCAAGGACGUGGAGGAGAAAUCGAAGGAGUUUGUCCAGAAAGUGGAGGAAAAGAGUAUUGACCUCAUUCAAAAAUGGGAGGAGAAAUCCCGGGAAUUCAUCGGCAACUUCCUGGAGAUGUUUGGACCGGAAGGAGCACUGAAACACAUGCUGAAGGAGGGCAAAGGCCGGAUGUUGCAGGCUAUCAGCCCCAAACAGAGCCCCAGCAGCAGCCCGACGCAUGAGCGCUCCCCCUCUCCCUCCUUCCGCUGGCCCUUCUCCACCAAGACCCCUCCUUCCUCGCCGGCCAACCUCUCCAGGAACCAAUCCGCCGUCGCCUAUGACAUCAGCGAGGAUGAGGAGGACUAGUCGCUGGCCGCGGACACUGCGUCGCUGAUUGCCGAAUUCCAGCUCCUAACCCACGGGGAACUUUGAACGCGAGAGCAAUGGUAACGUGGCUGCUGACGACCCUCCAAGAGGCACCAUCUGCUCUGCGCAAGGGCUACUGUCUGGGAAGCACCGUCUAACGUUCUCCCUAGCCCCAGCCCCUUUUUAUUGUUUACGUUCCAAUGGUUUCCAAGAGGAAAAGAGGGUUUUAUUAUUUUUUUUUUUAAAAAUAUUUUAAAGAGAGUGGCACUGAAGCCUUUGCCCUGUGAAACCUCCGCCAGACAGGUGGGCAUGGGGAGAACUGUUAAUCAGACCCGUUUGUCUGUCUGCUGCUUUGACCCACUGCAGCCUUUUAUUGCCCCAAGGCAGGAUUCUCCAUCGCUGCUGAACCUCUUGAAUGAUGGACAUGCCGGGUCCUCAGAUGGGGCGAAGUUGAGACAGUGCAGGAAGCGGUAGUGUAGAGGAGCUAUUUUUUAAUUCUAAAGAGACAUCCGUACUGUACUGGAACCAAUAAGAAUCUACCCAGCUCUCUGUGUCUUGACCUUGCUUCUUUUAGCUGAGGUUCCCAACGUUUCGUAGUGGAAAGCUGCCUUGUGUCUCCUGUGUGGGAAAUCCGCCGUCUGAGAAGCCACACCAGCGUAGAAUGGGUCACGCGCCGUUCUGUAAAGUCUGGUAAACCUGCACAGCGGAUACAACUCUAUACCUGACUCGGCAAGGAAAAGGCCAUCUUAGAAUGUUCUAUCUGCCAUGUGGGCAUCUAGGAGCAUCGCUAAAUCUCAGGCUAAGAACCUCAUUUUGCCCAUCAGCUGCUGUUUGAGGGAAGAGUAUGACCUCUUCUUUCCAGACGUGCGUUGUGUGUUUGUGUGCACGUACGCUCAGCUAGGCAAUAACAAAUAUGCCUGCUCCUUCAGAAAGGUCCUCUUCCUGCCUUCGCACCUCCCCCCAGUCUCUGGUGUGCUGCACAUAUUACUGUCUGUCCAAACGUCCACGCUGGGUGCUCUGCUUUGCACGGGUCCGUAUUGGUUUACAUUAUUGUGCGCUAAGGGAUGGAGAGCUGUGACCUCUCUCCUAUCGGGGAGGUAAAGACCCUGCUAAGAGAGCUGUUCAGAAUGUCGGUGGCCAAUUCUCUGUCCGUUUUUGAUGUGCAGGUGGAUAGAUGCUGGGGUAUGUUCUCACAUAGGUGUCAAAUCAUUUGUGCAUUAAAUGCAGGUACCUCUGUCCGUUAGCUGUUUCUUGAGGGUGCAGAAAUAGCAUAAAAGGAAACUGCCACUGUUUUUAAUUUUAACCGAUAACCCCUGUUCAUUUGAAAUUGUGGUCCAGUGACGCUUUGCUAUUAACUAUGUAACGUUUAUAUUGCGCUUUAAGUGCCCCUUGGUAAGAGCUGUAGCACAGCGUCAAACGUUGAGUCCCUACACAGCGCGUGCCCAAGGGAAGUCCUUUGGGCAGGCAGGUUGCGGGUCUUGUUGGAACGCACUCUAUCCUGGAAGCCAGCAUCCAGGGGGUGGAGCUGCCGUAUCUACAGCCGUGAAACUCCCAACGUUGCUUUGGUGCCCGAGCUCGCCUUGCCAUCUCCUGUUUAGAAAGCGCUUCCUUGAAUGUUGCAAACAGACAGCGAGGUCAGAUUAAGAAUCGCGUGGGCAAAGGCUGCGGGUGUUAAAACCCACGACGUACAAUCCAGGGAAACAAUGAUUCUGUGGAGACUAAAAGUCAGAUGCCAGAGCCAUCCUACACAGUGAAACGCAGCUAUCGAACGUGCCCACCCCGUACGUAAAAGGGGCUGCUACUUCCUCAAAGUUCUGUCAACUGUUUUGUGAAACGCCACCUUUGGGGCUUGGCAUAGACUCUCGUCCUCCACCAGGCUUGGGCAAACUGAUUCUUCCCCCACUCCUAUAUUUCCCAAGAGGCCAGAGCUGGCAAAGGGGAAAGAAAGCUUUAGUUUCCCAGUAUGCCAGUGUGAGUGAUUCCUCCCAGCAGGGAUGGCCAUGGCUCUGGGAAGGUUUUAGCAGCUGUAGGGGGAGCACUUGCGUUGUUCUGAGGUGGCACCAAAAUGGUGAGAUGCAAACGAUUCUUAAUUUCUCGGCCUCUGAGUGGUGGCAGAUAUCUGUAACUCUCCUGCUCACAUAUCUGUAGACACACCCUCCUUCGGCAGAUACUUAAGUCUAUUUCCUCAUCUGAUCGCAUACUUUAGGCAGGGCAGCACAGGGCACCGACAGUCACGUUAAACACAGGGUGUGAACAGUAUUCUGUAGCUUUGGAUGAUAACAGUAUUUACGGUGUCCGAUCACUCCUAAAUCCUGCACAGGGAAGCUACUGCAUGGGGUGGGGUCACUUGUGCAACCAGGGCAUGUUGUUUGCCUGUAACUAGGAAUAUCAAAGCUGUUUCUUGUACCUAACCAUCCCUGCUUCCUCCUUGCACUUUGCAAAUUAAAGUGGACGCUCCAAUCCCAAAUCAGUGUGUUUAUCAUGGCUUUUAAAGAGACGGCAUCAUUGCAUGGAGCCCACCGUCUGGCACACUUCCUGUCUGUUGCUGCAUGUAGCUGAGUGCCAGAAAUCCAUCUGCACAGUGUAAUGUACCCUCGGCAUAGCAAAGUUCCCUUUGAUGAUUGGUGAGGGGCAGGCUGGGUUUCCCAGGGUGUUACCUCAUCAUAAUCACUUGACUGUUUCAUUCCGUGCGUCUCUACUGAGCCUCACCUACACAUUGGAACAGCUGCUAAUGAGUGUCGGCCGGGGCUGGUUAGAAUACUGAGGAAGCGGCAGCGUAGAGAAAUGGGAGAAGUUUGUGUUUCUCCCCCACUACGAGAUCUAUCUCCAUGGAGAAUUUGCCGCAUUAAAUGGAACCUGGUACCACUAGAUCCACAUGGGUCAAUUUCUGCAAAAUCGUAUGAGAUGCGGCUUCGAGCGAUCUCUGACCUCAUGCAUACGGCGGUUGGCUUUGAAGGCAAGCCGUUGCAAAUGCCUUUCCACAUGGGACAGGAAGGAUGGCAGUGGAGUGACGCUAAAAGGUGAAGCAGAAGAUAGUAGCGGGCAAAGGCUGGGCACGAGCAGCACUUCUGGUGCGAUUGAUUGGACUCUAAGAAGCUGUGAUAGUGACGUUCAACAGCACGGGAGUUGGGGCUUCAGAAGAAAGUUAUUCAGGCUUCUGGAGGGAAAGUGGAACAUGUCUGUUAAAGAGUUUAACCCCAGAAAACUUACUAACAAAAUCAUUUAAAACCUGGCCCACUGUAGAAGGUGUGAUUAGGGUCCAUCUGUAACUCGAAGCAUGUGCUAGUGCAGUUAAUGCUUCUAACAUAUUCUUUCCCUCCUCUUUUUGUAACAAUAUAUAUGGAACAUGCUGGGGUGGGGACCUUGUGCAGGAAGCCUGCAUGCAGACCGCCCCCCGGUAGGGGUUAUUUCUUGUGACUUUUAACGGUGUUCAGAUUCCCUGCCUUCCUUUCCUAUACAGAAUGGGGUGUAGCUUGUCCAGCGAGGGGACAGAACCUGUCUUUUCAACUCUUCGUUUGUACAUUGCACGUGGUCAGGUGCGUGGAGCACGUGUUCACCUUGGCUGCUGUUUGACUCCUAGAAAGCCAUAUAGAGAAAGAGAAGGAGAAUGUUCUCAGCAAUACGUUGUCUGUCACAAGAGUGUAACCAACUGUGUAAAACUGGACAGUUUUGUAACUCAUCUAAAAUGCUGCCAUUUGCAUAAAGCUCGACCAGAACAGUUGUUCUGUUUUGUUUCUUCUUGGGAUGAGAUCAAUGCGUAGAUUUUUUCCAAAUCAAAUAAAUGGAACAAUGUGGUUUUUGGAAUUUGUUUUAAAUUCCAGAUUUUCUUUUAGUUUUUCCGUUCACUGAAACAUCACUUACCUUGUUACGAAAACGCUGCGGGAUAAGGUUUUAUGCUGGCAUACAAAUUGAGCUAAAGGGUGCGGUGGUUCAGAUUGCUAGGGGGAAAGUGGGGCUUUCCAUCAAUGCUAUCCCAAGUUGGGUGACACUCUAGGGCACCGAGAUGGGAGUCACGUGAGUUUUGUUAUCUUAGCAGGACGGGGUGCUGUCGUACUUGACACACACCGGUGUGGUGCAUUGCUCCUCUCACUAGGGUGCCUCGGAAUGUCUCCUCUCAAUCAAUGUUAACUGUAUUGGUUUCUCUGUGUGUGUGUGUGUGUGUGUGUGUGUGUGUGUGUGUGUGUGUGUGUGUACGCACGCGCGUUACUGGCUUGUUCGGAGUUGGUUUUUGGUUUUUAUGUUUAGCCAAAUAAAUGCAAAGUCAUUUUACCCAA